GGGCCGUGCAGCCGUUGCUCUCCGGCAGAAACCCCGUAGUGCGGCACAACAGCGCCAUUCGGUAACAGAAUCCAAAAUGGCAGGAGCUGACGGCGACGACUCUCUCUAUCCUAUCGCUGUUCUCAUUGACGAACUGCGAAAUGAGGACGUUCAGCUGCGACUGAACAGCAUCAAGAAGCUGUCCACUAUUGCUUUGGCCCUGGGUGUCGAGAGGACUCGCACCGAGCUGCUUCCUUUCCUCACAGACACCAUCUAUGAUGAAGAUGAGGUGCUUUUGGCCUUGGCUGAGCAGCUUGGCAAUUUCACUAUGUUGGUGGGAGGGCCGGAGUACGUCCACUGUCUCUUGCCUCCUCUGGAGAGCCUUGCCACCGUGGAGGAGACAGUAGUCAGAGAUAAAGCUGUGGAGUCUCUGCGGAAGAUCUCUCAGGAGCACUCUCCAGUUGACCUGGAGGUCCAUUUUGAGCCUUUGGUUAAGCGGCUGGCCAGCGGUGACUGGUUCACUUCUCGCACAUCUGCCUGCGGCCUCUUUAGCGUUUGUUAUCCCCGUGUCUCCAGCACUGUCAAGGCUGAGAUCCGUCAGCAUUUUCGCACCUUGUGCUCAGAUGACACUCCCAUGGUUCGUCGUGCUGCAGCAUCUAAACUGGGAGAGUUUGCCAAAGUCCUGGAGCUGGAUUAUGUAAAAAGUGACAUCAUUUCCCUCUUCACUGCUCUGGCCUCUGAUGAGCAGGACUCAGUGCGGCUGCUUGCAGUGGAGGCAUGUGUCAGCAUUGCCACUCUGCUGCCUCAGGAGGACCUCGAGACCCUGGUGAUGCCAACCCUGCGUCAGGCUGCCGAAGAUAAAUCCUGGAGGGUCCGCUACAUGGUGGCUGACAAGUUCUCUGAGCUCCAGAAAGCCGUGGGGCCGGAGAUCACCAAGAACGAUCUGGUCCCAGCCUUCCAAAAUCUUCUGAAGGACUGUGAAGCUGAGGUCCGUGCUGCUGCAGCCAACAAAGUAAAAGAGUUCUGUGAGAACCUUCCAGAGGACAGUCGUGAGCAGAUCAUCAUGACUCACAUUCUGCCCUGCGUCAAGGAACUUGUUUCAGACACCAACCAGCAUGUGAAGUCAGCUCUGGCCUCGGUCAUUAUGGGCCUUUCAACCAUCCUGGGCAAGGACAACACAAUAGAGCACUUGCUGCCUCUCUUCCUGGCUCAGCUCAAGGACGAGUGCCCAGAGGUGCGUCUCAACAUCAUCUCCAACCUAGACUGCGUGAACGAGGUGAUUGGCAUCCGUCAGCUCUCCCAGUCACUGCUGCCGGCCAUUGUGGAGCUGGCAGAGGACGCCAAGUGGAGGGUCCGCCUCGCCAUCAUUGAGUACAUGCCCCUGUUGGCAGGACAGCUGGGAGUGGAAUUCUUCGACGAGAAGCUCAACACCCUUUGUAUGGCCUGGCUUAUUGACCACGUGUAUGCCAUCCGUGAGGCGGCCACCUGUAACCUAAUGAAGCUGGUGGAGAAGUUUGGAGCUGAAUGGGCUCAGAACACCAUCGUGCCCAAAGUGCUGGGCAUGGCCAACGACCCCAAUUACCUCCACAGGAUGACCACUCUAUUCUGCAUCAACGCGUUGUCAGAGGCGUGCGGCCAGGAUAUCACCACUAAGCAGAUGCUACCGGUGGUCCUCAAGAUGUCCAACGACCAGGUGGCCAACGUCCGCUUCAACGUGGCCAAGUCCCUUCAGAAGAUCGGCCCCGUCCUUGACAGCAAUGCCCUUCAAACAGAGGUGAAGCCGGUGCUGGAGAAGCUGGCCACAGACACAGACAUGGAUGUCAAGUACUUUGCCCAGGAGGCUAUCAGCGUUUUGGCCCUAGCAUAAAACCAACCCAACAUGGCUAAACCAGACGACCACCCGGAACAACAACGCAAACACUUUUACAAGAUAUUUAUUGAUGUGCAGGAACAACUGGUUAAUGUAUAGAGAAAGCUGUUAACAAUUGUUUUAUCCUCUUUCUUUUUUUUUUCCCUUUUGUUGACUGUCCAAUGGUAGACCACGUCCAGGCGUAGCACAGACUCCUCGUUGACCUUCCUCCUCGCUGUAAAUGGGUGCUUUUGGAAAAAAAAAAAGGCAAAGUGUGAUCAAUCUGCAUUAAGUGGUGCAUGCUGACUAACCUGCUACUGUACUAGCUAGGCAUCGCUAACCAGAACCCCCUUUCACAUUCCUCCCUUUGACGCCCUCGGGCCGCUGUUGUGCUUUAACCGCAGUCGUUGCAGCAUACCACAUGUCUACGUUCGCCACCUAGCACCUCGGAGGCCACGCUUGGCUCUCUGUGCCGCCGCACUGUCCUCCCGACGCUAGACGCAAACUCUGAGCAACAGAUGGUUCAACAAGCUGUUUGUUUUGCCGAGCUUCCUCCCGAAUCGGCCCUUCGGUAGCUUCUCUCUAUUCGCCGACUUCUCUGGCGUGGCUCUCCAGAGGAGCGAUUGACGGGCGCGUGCAGGUCUGCCAGGCUAUAAAACAAUGAGGUGUCCAUUACUGCAUGUAAUCUGAUGCACUCUCUCAAUGAUUGCAUGUACUGAUCAAUCUCAAAUAGUGUUCCCCCCCCCCCCAACUCCAGACCACCCUGCCCUUCUGUGCCGUUUGCUUUCUGCGGCAACACGGAUUUAAUUGGUCGAACCAAUGAAUUACCUCGGCCCGCCGUAAUGUGGACCAGCUCAGUCGUAAAAGUGUUGCUCCUAAUCAUCCCUCUUUCAAAAUCCUCAGUGAUUUCUGUUGAUGUGCUAGGGUGGGAAGUUGUAGUCAUUUGUGAUUUUUCUGCAAUAUGUUCUCGGCAUUGUUCUUAAUCUUUGUGCCAAUGACUUUGAUGAGCAGUAGUAUUUUCUUUUAGUGUGCCUAGGUAAACAGUUUUCACCUGUCCUUUCCUGUAAAAGAGACGACUUUGUUGUUUCUUGUAAGGGACACUUUAUUCCUCGGGACGUUAAUGGGAUUUUAAAGCUAAAUUGACAACAGCUGUCAGAGGGCAGUGGGACUAUCAAAACCAUGGCACUCCUCGUGUCCUAGAGCCACCCAGUCUUUCCUUAAAGUACAUGCCAGGUCCUCCACUGUACACGAGAUUUACAAGCAUAAGGUCAGCGAAUGUGAAGGGCCACCCAGCGAUUCAUGCUUACAAACCUCGACGCGAUGGAGAACAAGCGCAUGCUUUCAAAGAAAGUGGGAUGGGGGGGGACAUGGAGCAUGUGUACGUAAGGCUGCAUAAUGUUUUAUUAUGGGGUGGGAGCUGGGGUGGUUAUGGGCGGGUUGAAUAAAUGUAUCGUCUGUGUUGAUAAAAGAAACUUUUGUCUUUCCCUCAACUGCUCCCGCUGUUCCCUUCUCCUCCUCCCCCCUCCCCUCAUUUUGUUCUCUUGAAUAAACCUUGAUUGUUGAUUGUCCUGUAUCAAGAAGACUGUGCUUUUAUUUUUAUUUUGAAUUCUCUUCACAAUUGGGAUGCUGUACUACUGUAUCUUGAUCUGAAUAAAGUAACACAAAGGAA